AUUUUUGUAUUAUUUAUUUUAAUGUUUCUUUUAAAAGAAAAAAAAUAAAAAUCCUAACUAUUACCAAGAUCAAUUUUAUUAUGGACAUAUUUUUAUAAUGACUUAAGCAAAAAUAUAUUUAAGUCCAAAAAAUAUAAUUAUACAAUGAACAAUACAUUUAUUUUAAUAUUUCUUAAAUAUUUGAUUAUUUAAAUUAAAAAAGAAAUAUAAUUAUACAAUGGAUAAUAUAUACAAAGAAACAUAAGACCCAUAUUUCUCUCCACAAGAAGAUGAUUGCUCUCAAAACCAUAUUUCUCCCUUCUUUCUAUCUUUCUACCAACACCUCCACUUUUACUACUCUGCACCACCCUUACAGCACAACAAGAAGAAGUUCUGUGUUUCUGUGUCUCUGCAGCACCACCAACAACUCCAAUGAUGAAUCUGAUAGUAAUUCAAAGCCUGAAGGUGAUGUUCAAAGUCAAGAGUUAUUGGCUCAAAUUGCAAUGAUUCAGACACAAAAAGUUCGUCUUACUGAUUUUUUGGAUGAGAGAUCUGAUUAUUUGACACAGUUUGGUGAAGAAGCUAAGGCAGAGAUUGAUAAGAUUGGUGAAGAUGCUCUUCAAGGAUUGGAUGAAGCUAGUGAUAGAAUAACGGCAAACAUAGAAAGUCAGAUGCUAGCAUUUGAGGAAUUUAAUGAACUAAACAAACAAGAGAUUGAGGAGAGUGAAAGCAAAGUAAUGGAAAUUGAAGGUCAAAUGGAAGUUGACAGAAAUGAGGGAAUGUUCUUUAAGAGCUUAGGACAGAAAGGGUCCAAUGUUGAUAAAGCAAAAGCUAAAGAAGAAUUGGAAAAAAUGAAAGAUGAAACAAAAGAGAAAAAUGGAAGAAAAACAAUGAAAAAUGUUUCUUUAUUCUUCAUUGGACUUUUGAGUUAUGGAAUAGUUGGUUCUAUUAAUUUCUCAUCUUUAAGUAGUACUGAUUGGAAAAGAGUUGCAGUUCUUGGUGCUAUUCUUGUGGCUUUGUUUUCUCAAUUCAUUUAUGAACAAAAUAAAGAUAAUAAUCAGAAAGAUAGUGAUGAUCAACAAUGAGGAAGAAAAGAACUCAAGUCUGUCUUAUAUUUUUUUUUAUCAGAUUAGAAGUUUCAGUUUCUGAAGGAAAUUAUUUGUAAAUGUAUUAUCCUAUAUAUAGCACCGACACUUGUCAUUGAAUGUGUGUCCAGUAUUUGAUAGGUGUCGGUGUUCGACUUUGGGACGAUACCAACACAUAUGGUUAGUAGUUACAUUCAGUUUUUUCA